UAUUCAAACUAUAUAUAAAGUAAGUUAAUAAAGUAAAUACUGUUGUUGGGUUCUGUUUGUAAGCUACCAAAUAUUUCCAUUUAUUGGAUGACUGAUUAAGUUGUAAGGUGUGAAUUAUAUUGGUCAAAAAUAUUGGUCAAACCGAUUGUCUGUCUACCUCUAAUUUAAACCUUCUAUUAAUAUUUAAUUGGUCUAAAUAUGGUUCCUUUAGACACAAAGAUAUUUAGAUAUGGCUGGCAUUUACUGUGGCAUCCAUCUGAAACUGACAAGCCCUCGCACACCCUGCCCAGACAAACCGAAACUUGCUUGAUUUGCAUGGAUAUCAACACAGUGUCUUCUUCCUUAUAAAGAGAAGGUUCUGUUUGACUGGACAAGUCAUGCCCUCACUUGUUUUUACAGCAAGAAAGUGGACAUACCCUCGGAGGUGUUGGAGGCUUUAUGGGCCUACCUUGAUGAGAUCCUUCACAGCAGGAAGCUUCAUAAUGUGCUGAGUCAGGGAAAACCCAUUAGCCUUCGCCUCACACUAGCACAGAUUACCAAUGACAGGAUUUUGAACUGUUUUUCAGGACUCGAAUCUGUCAGUUUCCACACAGUUCUGAGCUGUUGCCAUGGCAUCUUGACCUCCCCAGUGCUUUCUGUGACCUACACUGCUAAGUAUGAGUUGUUAGUGGAGCUCUUGAGUCGACUCUGUGGCUUGUCCAGCAUGCAGCUCAGGCAGCAGAAGUGUGAGGAGGGUCUCUCUCUUAAAGUCUUUGAGGUUCUCCUUCUUGUUCUCAGCACCUACCUAACAGUGCAGAAACAGCAGGCAAACUCCAACCGAGUGUUCUCCCAGGUAACGGCACACAUUCUUCAUCCUCUCCUCCUGCUCAGACACUUACUGAACACUACAGUAUGGACUGAGAAGGAUGACGUCAAGAUUUGUCAGCAUCUGACCAAGGAAAUCCGGAGGAAAGUGGACGCUGUUCUUCAGUCAGCGCUCUUCAUCCCUGAACAUUUGCUCUCCUACAGGGAAGAAGUUUUACCAUCUGAGGAUAAAGCUGGGGCCAAAACGAGCCAGGCAGGAAAGGGUUUGCAAGGUCCCGUCAAUAUGGUCCUUUUGAAACUUAAUGUCCAAGGAGCUAACGAAGACGAAGAGGCUUUAUUUUACACUGUUAAAUCAAACUCUCUCCCCCUGCUAUUUAAAUUUGCCUUAGAUUCAUUUUGUAAAGGGGGAGAUAACAAGCAAGUGAUCUUCCACCUCAUGACUAAGAUCAUUACUGCUUUGGGGUUCACAGAUGAACUGGAUAUUGAUCAGAAAUUUAGUGCAUCGAACUGGGGUAUUGUUUUACUAGCUCUGGAGAACCUCCUGAAUUCCUCUUUGGGUGGUGAUAUCUAUAAUGUGGCUGCAGACAGAAUACAACACAGAGAGGUGCAACUGAAUUUCUACAGGAAACUGGCUCGCCUAAUAUUUAACAAUACGCAGAUGGGCAUCCCAGCUUGGUACCGUUGUCUCAGAGCUCUGCUCACACUGAAUCACCAUAUCCUGGAGCCAGAUUUAGAUGAGCUUCUUUCCGCUGUGUGGGUUGAUGUAGUCAAUAUGGAAGUACGUGUUAGGAAACCCAGAGAAGCACUUGUGUCUGCCGUCUUGCAAACUUAUACCAAACUCCGACAGGUGCCUAAACUUAUAGAAGAGCUGCUUGAUGUAGUGUGUCAGCCUGCAGCAGAUGAAUUGAGACCACCGUUGUUGCCUGAAAUGAAACAAAAGACCCUGAGUCAGUGUUUGCUAGACAAUCCUCUGAGCCAAAAUCUUGAGAUCCUUGUGCUCCACAAACUGAAGAUACACUUGCUCAAAACAUCUACUGAAACAUCAGAUGCAUCAAAGAUGCAGAAAAUGGCUCAGUUUAUUCUAAACAGGCAAGAACUUUCAAUGAUGUUUGACACCAACCAGAUCUGGGACUUUCAAUUUUGUACUGUUAAUGCCAACACUUACAUGACAGCCUACUGGUUUCUUGUUACCUCCAACCUUCCAUUAACUACCCCUUAUCUUGAAGCAAAUGACAGAUCUGUUUUUGCAGAAUGCAUAUUGAAGUUUUUGCUUCAGAGUUUGGAUGCCUCUGGAAGCAAUUUGGAGAACACUGGGAUCUCUGUGUCUUUAAUAUCCAGGAAAUUACUCAAGAGUUUUCUUUGUGAGCUCCCUGAGAUGUUCUCUGCAGUGAUUAAGUGCAUCAUCAAGGAAUAUUUUGGACUGUUUGGCUCAUCACACGUUCAGUUAAUCAGUCCUUCAUUAUUGAAACCUUGUGUGGAAAUAGUUGGAGUUAAAGAUUAAGAAACAAACAUGAAGAGACUGAAAGCCAUUGGACAGGAGAUGUUAGACUCUGUCAAAAUGAGAUCUUCCAUACCUCUAUCUAAAACACAGGUAGAUCACUUACAGUAGCUACUCAAAGUCACAAGUGUCCUGAAUGGAAAUGCAAUGUACUCUGAAGACUAUUCAGAACUUUUCUCUUGCGUUCAUUGUGAUGAAAGCAUUGAUCUCUCUGCAUACAUAUGAUUGCUCAAAGAGCUUUUUAGUGUUAUGGCUUCACUCCUUGUGGUUAAAAACUCUCAAAUGAUCCUGAAAGUUGUUCAUGGAAGUAAUCUCUUAGAGGCAGCUAUGACAUCCCUCUUCUCUCUCAAGGGCCUGUAUGGCCUGAUCCGGUUGUCUUUCCUUCAGUCAGUUCAAGACUUCAUUCAGUCCCUAAUUCAGCUCAUAAUCGACAGGAAGAGCAGCAUGUGCGUCAAUCUGGAGAAGUUUACCUCCUUCAUGGUUGAAAGUAACCUCACUGCAGGAGUUCUGGCUGUAGAUGCAGGGGAUCUCUGCUCGCUACAACUCCAUCUGGUUACUUUAAGCACGCUUUGCAAAGAAAUGAUUACAAGUCUCGGCAAGAACGAACAGCUGGAUCAGACUCUGACUCAUUUGUUAGAGAAGGCCACUUCUGUCAUGGAGCCAGCCAUACAGGCUGUGCUGAUGCGCAAGGGAAGUAGACAGAGAAAGUCUUUUUCUGUUGAAAUUGUAACAGUCAUGAUCAGGAGUGAACUAGCAAGAGCCUCAAUCUCUGAAAAUGACAGGCAGGGGAAAAUAUCCCACAUGGCAUUCUUCCGAAGCUUUUGCCAGCAGAUCUUAAAGGAACUCAUCCCAGCACCUCGCCCUUUGGACUUCCUCAUUUCAUCUUCUGCGUUCUACAUGGCACCGGAAAAGACCAAAGCGACAGAUCUUGAAGAACUCCAUAUUAAGAUUUUGCAGAGUAUCCAUGCGCUGCUGUCAGGAACGUGGAUGUCAUUGUCAGAUGUGAAGGAGCUGGAGGGGCCAGUAAAGGAGCUGCUAAAUCAGCUGGUGUCCAGCUGUUCUCAAGAGCAGUUCCAUCUAUUACUGCUGAUGCUCAGAGAGGGGCUUGUGCCAACAAAGAUUGAAGGAGGCCACUGCACUGAGGUUCUGUCUGUGGUAACUGUUAUAAAGCUGCUCGCCUGUUGUCUGUUUCCAGAGCAUUGCUCAAAGGCUUUUUGCCUCGUCACACCACAAAUCAUAUCUACUCUCAUUGUGAUGCUGAAGGCUUCUCCUACCUUCCUGAAUGGCUUUUAUCGCUUGGUUUCAUCAGUCAUGCAUGAAGGCAGACAGCGGGGGGACUCUGACAGAGCUUCUGAGAAAGACAAAGAGUCUCUUCUGAAGUGUGCCACUCUGGUGGAGAGGAUGUACACUCAUAUUGCCAAUGCUGCUGAAGAUUUCACAGUCCUUAUUAUCGUUGCACAGUAUGUUAGUGAACUGCAGAGGGUGACGCUUCAGCCAGAAAUUAAGGCACAUCUAACAGAGGGAAUAUACUGUAUCCUGGACCACUGUGUUGAACAAGACAUUAAGUUUUUGAACACCACCCUUCAAAUGGGUGUCAAGGAAGUGUUCAAUGAACUGUACAAUAGUUACACACACUAUCACAAAUCUCAAAGGCAAGGGGAAGAAAAGUACACUGUCUAAAAUUUGCAUCCUCUGCCUUAAACUGUUUGUGUGAAGUUAAUGAAUCUGUAGUUUACUUCUAAUUGAUCUGCUACAAUUAAGAACGUGUUUAGAAAUGUUUAAAUAUAUAUAUUGUAAUAUAUGUAUGUAUGUUAGUUCACCCAAAAAUGAAAAUUGUACUGUCAUUUAUUUGUUGUUCCAAACCUGUAUGACGUUCUUGUGUGAAACACAGAUAUUUUGAUCUUAUUUUUAUUUUUUUUGUCCAUACAUUGGAAGUCAAUAGUCUCCAUUGCUGUUUGAUUCACAGUGCUCUUCAAAAUUAUGUUUUUGUGAUCUGCAAAAAAAGAAAUUCAUAUAGGUUCGGAAUGUCAAGAGGGAGAGUUUUGGGUGAACAAUCCCUUUAAAUAAGGGGGAAAAACACCCUGAAAUGUACAUGUCAGCAUGUAUUUUGUAUUUUUUUUUUUGGGUAAUUGAAAAACAGGAUGUUUUUUUAUAAGAAGAACAGUACAUUUUUCUGUGUAACCAGUACUAAUGUCCUCAGACAAACCCUCUUAAGUAAAAGACCUAACAAAGUGUUUAGGUGUAGUAAACUAAUGUGCUACUCAUCAGCUGAAGUUGGAGAAAUUCUGUCUCAGGAUUGUGCUUCUGAGUAAACCAAUUAACCUGA